GAGAGAGAGAUUGCAGACUCAAUGUGGACGGGGCGCUUCCACGAUUGGCCUCGUUGGGGAGGUAUGCGUGGAAAAGAGACCACGUGGAUGGCGUUGGUUGAGUGUAUCUCGCUCGCUACAUGGAGUGUGGCAGGAGGUAAAGAUAUGGCUUGGUGGAGAGAUGUGGAGAUGGACAAAAGAAUAGGAAAAAGGAUGUUAAUCUUGGUAGACGUGUGUAUAAAAUUGUAAUACUGUUUUAACUUGCAAAUUUUUCCUGGAACUAAGCAUGUUUUCCGGAUGAUAGGUGGGUGGAUACGAUACCCUAUGCUACAGACACGACUUGAGGGUGCCACUCUGUCGUGCCAACACCUCCAUGCAAGUCACGUUACGAACAGCAAGUCGAAACGAUCUACGUCUAGGUCUUCACCGCGUCCAAGAGAAGUACAGAUGGUUUGGUGUCUUUUCAGGUCGUGCAGUAUCUCAAGACUGUCUAAGUGUGAUAUCAUGCGUCAAGCUAUGCAUGAACGAUUGAUAAGCCACAAAACAACACUCGGCCCUGGUGGGUAUACCAUCCUUCAUCACGUGAGAGGAAGGAGAUAUCAUGGCCGUUUGUACGAUAUCCACAUCUAUCAUGUUGAGUAUGUUGAGAAGCAGGACCGUGGCUUGUCACUUGCUUUUAGCCAAGUCUUCUCGAGGUAUCGGGUAUCAAUUCCCCGGAAGAAAGUUCGGAAGGAUCAAGUUUCUUUCCGCAAGGAUUACAGCGGCCGUUGUGAUCAGAUGGUGAGGUGAGAUGUCUGGAAGGAAUUUGAGAUGCGACUGGCAUCUUACAGCGGCAGUUACCCGACAGAGAUUCUGGAGAUGAAUCGAGGCUGUCAAGUGCAGCGGUGAAAGCAGUGCCUAGGCGCUCCUCCCACGACAGAUACGAA